AGAUAUAUUCCCAAAGCCCUCACACAUUUCGCUUCUUUCGUUGAGAUCUCAAGGCCUUUCGGCAGCGUCAACAGCGGCAGCCAUGGUGAAGUAUUCGAGGGAGCCGGACAAUCCCACCAAGUCUUGCAAGGCUAGGGGCUCUGAUCUCCGAGUUCACUUCAAGAACACAAGAGAGACAGCCCAUGCUAUAAGAAGGUUGCCUCUGCCCAAGGCCAAAAGAUAUCUGGAGGAUGUUCUUGCCCACAAACAAGCCAUUCCAUUCACACGCUUCUGUCGUGGAGUUGGGCGAACUGCUCAGGCCAAGAACCGCCACUCAAAUGGACAAGGGCGUUGGCCUGUCAAAUCCGCAAGAUUUAUUCUGGACUUGCUUAAGAAUGCUGAGAGUAAUGCAGAAGUGAAGGGCUUGGAUGUGGAUACACUUUUCAUAUCCCACAUCCAGGUAAACCAAGCUCAAAAGCAGAGGCGCCGUACCUACCGUGCUCAUGGGAGAAUCAAUCCUUACAUGUCUUCUCCGUGCCAUAUUGAGUUGAUUUUGUCUGAGAAGGAAGAACCUGUCCAGAAAGAGCCUGAGAUGCAAGUGGCUGCGGGAACUGGCAAGAAGAGCAGGGCUCUGCGCAGCGGCGCCUCUUCUUGAAUGAGAAAGUGAUAGCUGCUUGGUGGGAUUGUUGAGGAGUUUUCAUUUCUUUGCUGUGUCAUUGGGACAUUUUUGUCGACUUUUUGAUUGAACUGUUGAAAUUUUGUGAUCUCGGGCUUUCUUAAAUUACUAUUACUAGAUUGUUAGAACUCAGAUGGUGCAUGGUCCUUAGCAUUCAAUACAUAGAAUGUCAUUUGCUCAA